AUGAUAUGCAUAAACUGCUGCUAUCCAGUUGAUUCAUUGUAUGUUGUAUACUCCAGUAAUCAUAUAAGGCUUACUGAUUGCCCCAGGUGUAAAAAGGUGGUGGAUCGCUACGUUGAAUUUGACAAUGUCCUGUUGUUCAUUGACUUGCUACUUUUGAAAUCAGGAGCAUACAGACAUCUGGUAUACAACUCUCUUGAAUCUACUCUAGAGAAGUAUCCAAGUAAAACGAAGUCGACCCAACUGCCAAGGACCUUCGGUGAUGAGGUCGCUGGUACUAUCUCAGAUUUUCGCGAGUGGUUUGUGAAAUUUGACCAACUAAAUAGAGUAUGGGUACUCAUUUUUGCAUUUGAAGUAUAUUUAACGUGGGUUUCGGAAGAGAGAAAAUAUCAAACGUACAGCCAUUACUAUCCGGCUGAUCUUGAUUUGUUAAUGAGCAAAAUACUUUCUGGAGAUGCGUUAUCGCAAUAUUUCUAUUUUGCUGUAUAUUGCAUCUUAGACUUAAUGUUACUGCACAAUCUCACUCAAUAUCUUUUGGUGAACUGGACAGAUUGGGGUAGGAAUAUAAAAUACGCGAAAUAUGUGGUAUCGUACACGAUUUUAUUGUCGUAUGGUGCCAAAAUUUUCCCUAUCCUCAUGCUAAUUUGGCCGUAUGACACUCUAUUAUCGACGAGCAUUAUCAAAUGGGUUGCGAACCUUUAUAUAAUUGAGGCUUUGAAGAUCGUAACCAACCUGCGCUACAGAGAAGUGGUAAGAAACUUUGUUAUCAUUUUCAUUGUGAGGUGUUUAUGUGUCAAGCCUAUACUUGCUAUAUUAGUCUCCAAAGGAGACUACAAUCUUUGCAUUCAUUAUAUUCGUGGUGAGUAUGAGAUGUUUUUACAUAGAUUUUUAUCUGGUAAGUAUUUUUAUGUUUAG